AUGGCAGCUGAAGGACCCGUCCGGGAACUCUGUGCUGAAGCUACUUGUCCCAUCUGCUUACAAUAUUUCAAAAAUCCUGUAAUUCUAGCCUGUGGGCACAGUUUUUGCGAAGACUGCCUCACACGAUGCUGGAGUGAAUCUCGUAGAGAUGUUUGCUGCCCAAAUUGCAGAGCCACUUUUCAUCAAAAGAUCUUCAGCCCAAACAGGAGACUUGCCAAUGUUGUAGAACAGGUAAAGAAACUUGAGGAAGUAACAAUUGAAGAAGGAAAGCAGGGAAUAUGCGAGAAGCACCAGGAACCCUUGAAGCUCUUUUGCCGAGAUGAUGAAACUUCCAUCUGUGUGGUGUGCGACAGGUCUAAGGAGCACCGAGAACAUUUUGUAGUUCCUACGGAUGAGGUUUUUCAGGAGUACAAGGAAAUCAUUGAGGCCCAGCGGAAAUCUGUGGAGAAAUACAGAAACGGUCUUGUGGACUACAGACUGGCUGAAGAGCUGGGAAGCCAGGAAUGUCUGAAACAGUUAGAAUUGGAGAAGUGGAAGAUGAAGCGGGCCUUUCACGAAAUGAAGACAUUUCUGGAGGGAAAAGAGUAUGUCUGCCUAGGUGAGCUGGAAGGUUUGGAGAGAGAGCUAGAGAACAAGCACCAAGAAAAUGUCACCCAGCUCUCUGAGGAAAUUUCACAUCUCAGUAACGUUAUGGGAGAGAUGGAAGAAAAGUGCCAGCAACCAGCAAGUGAAUUCCUAAGGGACAUCAGAAGAACUUUGAUGAGCUAUGAGAAGAGACAAAUGUGGCCUGAAGUGGAACUCCCUCCAGGGCUGGAAUGGAGACUCAACAUGCACGGUCUAAAAUAUGCUGCUAUAAAAGAGGCUAUGGAGAACGGCAAAGAGUCUUUGGAACAAGCAAUGAAGAAAGAGUUUUUGGAGGAAGCAUCAAACAAAGGCUCUCCAGAGGAAGCCCAGAACAAAGUAAACAUUACUCUGGAUCCAAACACAGCACAUCCUCGCCUCAUUCUGUCUUCAGAUCUAAAGAGUGUGAGAAGGGAAAACAUCAUGCAGUACCGGCCUAACAAUCCAGAAAGAUUUGAUUGGGAGUUUUGUGUGCUUGGCCGUGAGAGAUUCACUUCAGGGAGACACUGGUGGGAUGUGGAAGUAGAAAAGCAGGCUGUAUGGGCCUUAGGGGUUGCCAGAGAGUCUGUCAGGAGAAAGGGACGUGUUGCUUUUAGUCCUGAUGAGGGGAUCUGGGCUAUAGGGAAGCCGUUUGGGGAACAAUUCUCGCCUUAUCUACUCUUGGCUUUUUCUUCCCCUGCAUUUACCCCUUGUAUCUUAAAACGUGAGCCUCGGAAGAUCCAGGUGUUCCUGGACUACGAACAAGAUUGUGUGAAAUUUUUUGAUGAUUCCAGCCGCCUGAUUUUCAUUUUCCAUUCAGCCUCAUUCUCAGGGGAGAAGAUCUGCCCCUAUUUCUGUUUGGGGAAGUGGGGAGUCAGACUGGCCUGCUAAACACGGAAGAGAAUUCCUCCCCCUUUCCUUGUUCAGAUGCUCUAGAACUU